AUGCGCUCGGCCAGGGCAGAUGCCAAGGCCACGGCAAUGAGUUUCGGCCCAUGCACCGCGGGGCGGAACUCGCUCGUGUUCCUCGCCUUGUUGGUCUUCGCGGGGCGAGGGUGUCUGUCAUUCGUCCCGUUUCCGUGUCCGUCUACAUCAGCCAGCAGCAGCAGCAGCAGCGCUGCUGGUGCCCGAAGCGGGGCGUUCGGCCGACAAAGCCGGGUCGGGAGGGUGAGAGGGGACCACGGGGGGCCCGCUGACGACGGUAGGCGUGAGAGGAUACCAUCGUGUCGGCGUCCUGCGGAGGGUCUCGUGCUAAGGGCGGCUGGCGUCGGAGGAGCUGGAGGAGAAGGAGUCAAGGAGGAGGAGGAGGAGGAGGGGGAGGUUGAUGUGGUGGUGAUUGGGGCCGGCAUCGGUGGCCUCACGUGCGCGGCGCUGUUGGCCCAGUACGGACUCGAUGUGACGGUGUGCGAGAGCCACACCAUUCCGGGGGGCUGCGCGCAUUCCUUCGAGCGGGACGGUUACAAGUUCGACAGCGGCCCGUCCAUCUUCAGCGGGUUCACGGGACCCGUUCCGAACCCGCUCAAGCAGGUUCUCAACGUACUGGAAGAGGAGCUUCCUUGCAUUCGGUACGACGGCUGGGGUAACCUCACCCCCUCGGGGUACUUCAAGUUUGAUCUUGGGCCCGACUCGUUUCGAGACGACGUGCUGAAACGGUUAGGCGGGCCGGACUCAGCGCAGCAGUUCGACAGGCUGUUGGCGGAGUGCCAGCCGCUCAUGGAAGCAGCGUCGGCCCUACCGUCGCUGUCUCUCAGGAGCGACAAGUGGGCCGCGGUCACCAUGCUCAGAUUUCUGCCGGGCCUGCUGAGGGUAAUACCGUUGGCGGACGAGCUCAACGGUCCUUUUCGUCCGAAAGAUCCGGUGACCGACAGCUUCUUGUUUAACUGGUUAGAUCUGCUGGCGUUUUCGCUGUCGGGGCUGAAGGCAGAGGGGACGAGCUGCGCCGCCAUGGCGUACGUCAUGGCCGACCUCCACAGAGAGGGCGCCAAACUAGAUUAUCCCAUCGGCGGGAGCGGUGCCAUCGUGAGCGCCCUGGUUCGCGGGCUAGAGAAGAAUGGGGGGAAGCUCCGCCUGGGCACCCACGUCGAACAGGUCUUGGUGGAAGACAAGAAAGCAGUCGGCGUUCGGGUGAGAGGGAGGGGUGCGGGGUCGAGAGGGAGAGGCCGGAGCAUUCGGGCCAGGAAGGCGGUGGUGAUGAACGCCGACCGGUGGGCCGCGGCCAAGCUCUUGCCGGAGGGAACCAUUCCCGACGAGAAGAGGCAGGAGGCCGAGGACACCCCGAAGACGAUGUCGUUCAUGCACCUUCAUCUCGGCAUCGAGGGAGACCUGCCGCCAGGAACAGACCCUCAUUACACGGUCGUGAACCGGUGGAACGACACGCUCGGGGAGCAAAACAUGAUCGCAGUGUCUCUUCCGACUCUCCUCGACCCAUCGCUGGCGCCCCCCGGCCAUCACAUCAUCCACGCCUACGCGGCAGCGAACGAGCCGUACGAGCUGUGGGAAGGCCUAGACCGACGGAGCAAGGAAUACAAGGACCUGAAGGAGGAGAGGGCGGAAGCUCUCUGGGAGGCGGUGGAGCGCGUGGUUCCGGAUGCUCGGAAGCUGGCCAAGACUGUCCUCGUCGGAUCCCCCCUCACCCACGAGCGCUUCAAUAGGCGAAGCUAUGGCACCUACGGCCCAGGGUUCGAGGACGGCGCCAGCGCUUUCCCAAACCCUGUCGACAUACCCCUAGAUAACUUUUACUCCUGCGGGGACUGCGUGUUUCCCGGGGUCGGGGUGCCGGCCGUCGCCGUCUCUGGGGCAAACGUCGCGAACUCUUGCGUGGGCCCUCUGCCGCACCUGCGGCUCAUCAACCGCCUCCAGAGGGAUUUGAAGUUAACCGCCCAAGCUUCAGCCGGCGACGGCGGCGGCGGCGGUAGAUGAAUGAUGCCGGUGACGAUCACGUGUGAAACGCCGUGAGAGCGUUUUGAUACACUGAUGGCACGCUGCGAGAACGUUAUGAUACAAGGAUGGCAUGUUUUUUGCCACCCAUGAGCUAGGUAGGAUCUGAUGGCUUUGGGUUUCACUUUAUUGGUGCACACGGCAACAACUCCGCUUGCUACGAUGUUG